GAAUGUACCUACUCAGAACCCCACGCAAAUAUCCCCAGAACAUUUGCCACAUUUCUUCCAUGUUCCCUAAUUUAUGCUUCAAGGUUCCUGCCUGAUGGCCUCAUAUUUCCCCUUACUCCAAUUAAACAUUUCCCUAACUCAUCUGUUCCUAUCCCUCUCCAAUGUUAUGGUAUAGGAGAUAGAAUUGUGCUUUCCCAAUGAGAGACCUGACACCUGACCAGGUUCAUUUCCCAAUACCAGAUCAAGUACAGCUUCUCCUCUUGUAGGCUUAUCUACAUAUUGUGUCAAGAAACACACCUAACAAGCUCUACCCUAUCUAAACCCCUCACUCUAGGGAGAUGCCAAUCAAUAUUUGGGAAAUUAAAAUCUCCCACCACGACAACCCUGUUAUUAUUAUACCUUUCCCAAAUCUGUCUCCCUAUCUGCUCCUCAAUGUCCCUGUUACUUUUGGGUGGUCUAUAAAAAACACCUAGUAGAGUUAUUGACCCCUUCCUGUUCCUAACUUCCACCCAUAGAGACUCCGUAGACAACCCAGCCAUGACUUCCUCCUUUUCUGCUGCGGUGACACUUCUCUGAUCAACAAAGCCAUGCCCCCACGUCUUUUGCCUCCCUCCCUAUCCUUUUUGAAACAUCUAAAGCCUGGCACUUGAAGUAGCCACUCCUGUCCCUAUACCAUCCAAGUCUCUGUAAUGGCCACAACAUCAUAGCUCCUAAUGCUGAUCCACACUCUAAUCUCAUCCGCUUUAUUCACAAUACUCCUUGCAUUAAAAUAGACACAUCUCAAACCAUCAGUUUGAGCAAAUCCCUUCUCUGUCACCUGCCUAUCCUCCCUUUUGCACUGUCUCCAAGAUUUCUCUAUUUGUGAGCCAACCUCCCUUUCCUCCGUCACUUCAGUUUGGUUCCCACCCCCCAGCAAUUCUAGUUUAAACUCUCCCCAAUACCUUAGCAAACCCUCCCACUAGGAUAUCCCCCUCAGAUUCAAGUGCAACCCAUCUUUUUGGUACAUGUCACACUUGCCCCAGAAGAGAUCCCAAUGAUCCAGAAAUCUGAAUCCCUGCCCCUGUUCCAAUCCCUCCGCCACGCAUUUAUCCUCCACCUCAUUCUGUUCCUAUUCUCACUGUGACGUGGCACAGACAAUACAAAGGCAGUAAUCCCGAGAUUACUACCUUUGAGGUCCUGCUUCUCAACUUCUUUCCUAAUUCCCUGCAGUCUGUUUUCAGGACCUCCUCCCUUUUCCUACCUAUGUUGUUGGUGCCAAUAUUGACCAUGAUCUCUGGCUGUUCUCCUUCCCACUUCAAGAUAUCGUGGUCGUGUUAAUUAUAUUCCUAUUCCUCCCAGGUUUUGUGUCCCUUGCUGCAAUGUUAUUCAAUAUUGUCACGUUCCCAUUUUCAGCAGCUGUGUCAGCAACCUUCAGUCUGAGCUUGAAGGUGCAGCAGUAAAUCUAACUCAUGCCAGCUCUGGAUGUUCAGCACCCCUGGUCUUUGAGCAGAAGCUGACACCUGUUCUUCCUUGUGGUUUCAUCUUUUCUUGAACUGCUUACCUUCUCCCAGUGCUUCAACUUUUCUCACUCCCCUCCCCCUCCCACACAUACCCUGAGCCCUACACCCAACCCAGGAGUCAGGAAACCUAACCACAGAUUACAGCACCACUGUCAAUAAACCCAAGUCCAAGACAAAUCCUUGCAUGCAGUGCCCACGCUGGGGGAACUGAACGGCCUCUGUUGUCAGAGGUCCUUUGCAGAGGAGGCUUGGUAACUUUAUUAAACCAUAAUUUUUGCAAACUUUGCUCAGUAUUUUGAUAUUACAGUAACCUAACCUUAGAGGGUGGUGAGAUCUACCCAAAGUGGGCAUCGGGAUGGCUUAGCUCUGUCGCCCACUCAUUAUUACGGUGGUGAGGGGUCAAGGCAUUGAGCCCAGUCCACUGAUGGAUUAUGAGCACAAUUCCAACAGACUAAGAGGUUGUUUUAGGGACCCCUUAUUUCAUUUAUUCAGUGCAAGAGAGUUUCAACAAUAGUUCCACCCCCCACAAAGGGUGGAUUAGUGGAAAAUAUUAAGUAGUUAAGGUCUCAAUGGAGGCUUUUUGGUUUUAAUGGAAGCACAAGUGUUGGUUGACCAAGCUCCUCCCAAGAGACACCUUGAGCAUUUAGAUAUUUAGAGUCAGCGUGCCAAAGGUUUAAACUGCAUUUCAGGAUUAAUACUCUUUUGCCUGUGUUUCCUAGACCUUGUGAGCAUUGAAAGAUAGUGAGAUAGAGUCAGAAGUGGAGUGCAAAAGCGAAGAACUUGUACACAACUGUUGGUGGUCAAAAGUAACAGAAUUCCCCUCUACUCCCUCAGCAGACCUGUUUAUUUCUUGCUCAGUGUGAACCAGUCUCAUCUCCAUCACCACAACACCAGCUCCAGAAACUUCCACCUGCAUCUCAUCGCUCUCCAAUGCUGACCUCACUUCUAAAUUUCUCAGGGCCACCCUUCAAUCCUUCCCCGACAACCCUUGUGCUGCCUUCCACCUUUCUCCAACCACCUGUCUAUAUGAAUUCUCAUACCAUCUCUUUCUCCACUUUCUCCCCAAUGCAUUGUCAUCACCACAGUCCUUGAGCCUUUGUUAUUUCUCCAUCACACACCAAUCUAAACACAUGCAUGCAGCCACUCCAUCACUUCACUCUUCCCCUGUAGUGAACUCCAACCCAAUCAAUUUUCAGAAUCAGAUUAAUUUAUUUACCACAUGUACAUCCAAACAUACAGUGAAAUGGCUCAUUGCAUUAACAAGCAGCACAGUCCAAGGAUGUGUUGGGGGCAAGUGUUGCCACACAUUCUGAUGCCAAUCUUGCAUGCCCACUAUGCUUUGCAGACAACAUGGAACGCAACUAAACAGAUCACACUAUUAUAAAUAGUUCAUUUCUGAGCUCAUCGAAUGUCUGUGUCCUUUGACAUUUGUGAACUGGCUGCAGGAGCUUUAAUCAUGACAAUGGGAUAUGUGAGAACUGUAAGAAUGCAAGACUAUGGGAAUUCAACCAUGGAAACAUAAAAGUUAGGUGAACACAAGGACGGGACUCAUGAAGAGUGUGACAAGUGAGUGGCCCAGUGCUUUAAGCUGGUGCUAAUGUUUUGGUCCUCUUACUGUAGCAUUUGAUAUCAGUGGAGAGGGUAUAAAAUUAGAGCAUUUGAGGGACUUGGAGGUAGUUUUGUUAAGGCCUCACUGAUGGGUUGAUUGGGAACAAUGCCACAGAUCAGGUAGAGUAGGAGGUAUACUGCAGUGAGAGGAGCCCAUGCAUACCUAGAUAAGUAUUUAAUGUUUGUUUUUCUGUCCGAAUAAAUGAAGUUCUGAAGAUCAAAGUAAAUAAUUGGAUCUGUGUCUUUCUACCUUACCAAGCCUACUCCACAAACCAUUUGACGUAAUGUGAGAACCACAACAAGCAACAACACAACAGUAAAACCAGCCCAUUUCCUUCCUCACACCCAAUCCCCUCACAUAGAUGUCCUCCAACCCCAGAACAGGCCUACAGGCCUUCAGCAGUCUCGCAGACAAUGAGUCUCCAAUUUUCCCAAUGGACUUUAGACACAUAGACCCAGAGCUUCAACUAUUGACCCUCGACUUCUGGACUUUUAGGCUUCAUCUUUGGUAUGGGUCCCAGGACUCCGAGCUCCAGGCUUUGAACUCUGGACUCACUGAUGACAGGAUACCAAACCUAAGGCCAUGAACUCUGGUCUAACUGACUUGCAUACCUAGGGGAUCACAAGCUCUCGCAUCCCCUGCUUGCAUGGACAUCUGAUCCGGGGACCAAUGUGCCUGACCUAUAAACUCUAGUGUACACUAACUUGUCUGUCAAACAUGGGAACAUGUAAAAUCUAAUGUUCACUAUGGAGGAAUAACUCCAUGGGCCCAUCUUGCACCCAGUAAAUAGCUGGGCCAAAGCAAUGGGAACAUUCCUUGAAAGGUCCAAACAUUGGGACCUAAACUUUGUAGGACUUCUCAUGUUCUUCAUGAAUAUGAUUCACACCAAAAACAAACUGGUGUUUGGGAUCAGCACCGAUGUUUUACAGGAGAACAGGAGAAAGAAUGGGUUAAUAAACAUAUCAUAGGAAUAGCAUGGACACCAAACCAAUAGCAAAAAGGCUUAAGUUUGGCUGAAAAGUCAGCAUGUUUGGGAAGAAAUACCGGUCAAAUGCCAGCCACAGUAGGUCCUGGAUUAGCUGAUCUGGCAAUCGCUAGCUAACCACAGAGAGGCACAAAGUACAUCAAGAUUCUUCCCUCCAUCUAUUGUUCUGCCACAAAGUAUUUCCAUGUGAAUGAAGUCCUCCAACUUGACAUUCUUUUUCUGAGACCUGCAAAUAUGUGGGUUCCUCUCUUACUAAGCCAAGGUCCAAGAAGGUCGGCAUGGAAACCAGAUCUCUCAGCCCACCAAGCCCAUGUCAAAUAUCAGCCAUCCAUUAGUAUUAAUUUUACAUGAAUACCUAUUAUUCUUCUCACAUUCACAGCAACUCUGUGAUCCUACCACUCACCUACACACUAGUUGUAAUUUAAACUACUGAUUCUUGUCAUAUGAGAGGAAACCAGAGCACCUGGAGGAACUCUGUGUAGAGAUAGGGAAAAUGUGCAAGCUCCACAGACAGCACCCAAGAUCAGGACUGAACCAGAAACCAGUGCCUCUUGUGCCACUGUCGUUUUGGAACUUCAGCAGGGUGAUCAAAUGGCCAAUCCAAGACAUCAGUUUGUUUCAUGUGUGAGCCCCAUUCAGGAACAACGCGAGACAUCCUGAGCAAUUAAGGUCCCAGUGUCUGGAGCUUUCGAAGAAUGUUCAUAUCCACAUUGGCCCAACCAUCGGUCCUCAUAUUUCCAUGAUCAAAUGAAAGAACAGAUUUAAUGGGCCAAAAGGCCUAAUUCUGACUCUAUGUUAUAUGGUCUAGGAUAACACAAUUUGAUGCAUUGGUUUCAAAGCACUGUUCUCUGGGCAUUAAUUCUCCCCAAGUCUCUAAUUAUUGAUCUUCUAUAUGAAUGGAGAGGGACUAGGAAUCUGUAUCCUGAGAUAAGGUGAAUAAGUACCUGGGAAGCACUGAGGGAAGCCUCACACAGUAAAGCAUGUUGUUUUCGGUCACUGCCCAGGAACGUAACUGAUCAGGUGUUGCACAUACAAUGCUAUUGAUUGUAAAUACAGCACAAGAAGUAGACUGGUAAGAACAUAAAAGGGAGGAAAGGAGAAGAAAUUUGAUGUGAACAUUAAUUCUGUUGCAGCCAGCUUUGAAUUUAUUCUGAAUAUAAAGUGGCGGCAGUGGAUCCAGAAGAGCUUUGAGGGGUAAUGAUUAACCCAAACAACAAUGCUGCCCCCUGCUUAUAGGAAAGCCCAGGCAACUGUAAAAAUUUCCAAGAGGUUCCAUCCACAUCCACUGCAGCUGCUCAGAUCCCAUCAUCGAAAACUUUGCCACAGAAAGUUCUCCGAAAGCUGAAACAAUGUGCAUUUUUUGCCUUCCCUAAUGAUAUAUCUGCUGGUCUGCACUGCACAGGAGAUUCCAGAAUACUCCUGCAAAACUGGUGAUAUGCUGCCAGGAGUUAAUCAGGAGACGUGAAUGUGGUAUGUUUUUAAUUACCAAUAACCAUUUCCUCUACCUCUGUCAGUUCAUAAUUUCACGUUUCAAGGAAUGUAACCCAAUCUGACCACUUUCCCCACCAAAUCUAAAUACGGUGAUGAUACUUGGAAGAAGCUGUGCCCAUUUUACAGCCCACCUGUCAGCUGGUUCCUGUGCCCACGGUCAACAAACUGGGCAAACAUGAGUCACUGUUUGGAUGUGGUGGAGGUUCAGAAUAUAAAGACCAAGGCAGCAAAGCAAAGGCAGAUCGAGAGAGAGAGAAACAGCUCCUUCACUCUGAGAAACCAGCUGGCUGAUCCCACACGAGGCAGAAUGAAAUUCUUCCUCCUCGCCGUUGCUGCCGUGCAGAUUCUGCACUGCUCGGGUGCACCGAGCUCCAAGUCUGCUCUGAGAGCAUCAAUGAUAAAGCUGAACAAGAUCACCAGAAUCUCGAACCUCUGCGGUGUAACUGGGAGAAGAGUCGCAGAUGUUUAUCGCACAGGCAGAUUGUCAUACAACGUGGAUUUAGCAUUUACUGUGAAAGAAACAGUCUGUUCCAAAAACUCCCGGCGUCCAUUUGAUCAUCGCAGCUGCCGAUUCCGCUCUGGAAAGAAUGCGGGAAAAGGUUUCUGCAAAAGCCGCGUUGAAUACUUUGCUGGCAAGAUUGUUGACAUUGACGUGGAUUGUCGAGGUUUGAGGACAAUUGACAACAGAAGUAGAUCUUUAGAGUCAAAUGAAAAUAGUGUUGAGAUGAACUUCAGGAGAGCACCUCGUCGAGGAAUCUACAGACGUGUAAAACAAGUCAGAAGAAUUGUUGGCUAAGGGAGCAACAGAUAGUCCCAAUGAGGAUUCCACAGCCCAAGUGAAACAUCUGAAGGGCCAGGCUCGGUAUGAAGACAAGAAGACCUCAGUUUGAAUAAAGGAGAUGUUACCAAUUGUAUUCCGUUUGUUUAUAGAUGGGGUGGGAGAGUUGGGGAGGAAGGGUUAUCAGUGUGGGGCUGACUCUGCAGACUCCUGACUGUAUAUUUUACUAUAACUGGGAGAUUCGAUAGCUUGUAAAUGAUCCAUCCUUUUGUGUGUACUGUUUCCAGUGGAUUAAAUUAGAACUACCAAAGAAAUAAAUACUGAUA